UUGGAUGCCCGGAUUCUGGAUUCUAGCCGAGACACUGCCCAUGUUACUUCCUUGAGCGCCAUGGGCUGCUCUCAGGGAAGCGAGGCCAAGCAGGUCCGGUCCGCCCGCUCGCGGCAGCUGCUGCAGAGCGCGCAGAAGCGGCAGGCCUCCUGCACUACUGCAAGCUGGGACAGGCUGUGCAAGUCCAAGCUAUUAGGCUGCAGCCGCGAGACCUUGCGGCCCGCUGACAACUCCAUCAGACCUUUCCGCGAUGGGGAGGAGCAGAUCUGGUCCUCCGACGUGCUGCUGCGGGAGGUGAGCGUCAUGGGGGUGCCGAACCAGGAUCAUGCAGCGCCAGACUACCUCUUUGUCACCGGCGCUGAAGCGGUCUUGUUGCCGUACAUGGGCACCUUCUACAAGACUGGAAUUCAGCCCUCUGCGCUGCAAGCGUACCGACAAAUCUACCAGAAUGUGAACGGCAAACAGCUCUACUACCGGGCUGCCUGGGGCCUAUGGCUGCUGAGUGACGCCGACGUGCACGACACCGAUGUCUGGAUGGGCCGGGCCUAUGCCAAGGAUGAUGUGGACUGCCCCACGCACGCGCGCGGCUGGAUCGUGUGGGAUGGCAGCAGCUGGAACACCGAGUAUGCGGUCCACAUCACUGAGACGGACGGCAUCGAGGAUGAGAACUCGGAAGCUGCCCGGCCUCUGCAGCUGCUGCACGUGAAGCAGCCCCCGCCGCCUGCGCACCUGUCGCUGAGGGAAGCAGAGGAGGCCUUGGGCUUGCCCAAGGCGCGGGAGCUGGUAACGCCGUUGAAGCUGGGCCUCCAGGCCGAAGUCUGGAUCUCCAAGAACGGUGUCUGGACAGAGCAGACCUUGAAGGUGGACCACAGGAACAAUUUCCUGGUUUUGAGCUCUGGCGAAGAUGAGAAGCAGGAGUGGAGGCUGCAGCAGGUGAUGGCGGUGCUGGACGGGGUGGGGGCGCUGAAUCUUUGUGGCCUCCUGGGCAUCACCAUGCCGGAGCUCACCCGUGGCAGCCAGGCAGUGGCGCUGCACGGCUUCUGGGAAGGCGCCGCCAAGCGGGAAAACAUCCUCGCCUUUCAUUGCGAGACGGAUGAGGAGCUCCCGGCGCGUCUGCGGGCGGCAGUGUCUCUGGCACCCCACCCCGGGGCCGCCAUCCGGGCGGCCGCCAAGGUGCUGCAGGCACAGCAGCGCUUCCGCGCAAUGCGCCAGGACCUGAAGCAACGCGCGUCCAAGCGGGGCAGCAACGGGGUCCGCGGCUUCGUGGCCGUGCAGGUCCGGGACGCCCAGACAUCGCUGAUGAACGCAGCCACCACGUGGCCUCCGUCCAACGUGCUCGAGCUGGAAAUGGUGGUGAGGCCGGCAGGCUCGGAGAUCGAGACCCACGUGGCCGAGAUCCCCGCGAGGUUCAAGCCAGAGAAGGCGCUGGUCAUCGCCGAGAAGAUCGCCGUGCAGGUGUCAGAGGAUCUCCAUGUCUUGGACAAGGAGAUGCUCACGCAAGAGAUCAAAGAGGUUCUGAAGCUAUUCAGAUGGUUCAGCAACAUGCCGGCAAAGGGCGAUCGUGGAAAGCUGUUCAUGACCGAUGCGCCCAUUAGCAGCGUGAUGCAGGACAACGUGUUGGCAUCUCUGCUGAAGUACUUUGGGGAAUCUAAGCACCCGCUGGCAAGCUGCAUGAUGCAGAGGCUGAGCCUGGAACAGCAGCUCCGGCGUCUCACAACACAGGCUGAGCAUCCCGUUGUGAGGAUCAAGCGGAAUCCCUCGCUGCCGCUGGUCGCGCGCGACGCGGAGCCCUUCGGCACCCGGGUGUGGGCGGUGCGGUUCCGGGCCUGCAGCGGGGACAACCCGGCGGUGCUGGAGGUGGACCAAAGCCUGCAAGGCAAGUGGUUCUACCACCCUGGAGGCUGCUUUGAAAUCAAGCCGGAGGAUGGGGAGCUCUACUUUGACGAGCAGGUCGACACGGGCGAGCGCUACCGGGGCGCGCUGCAGGCGGCGGGGGCCUGGUUCACCGCGCAGCUCUACUGCGAGGGCACGCUGCAAGGCACGAUGCGCAUCCGCUCGGUGGGCGACAGCCUGAAGGCGAACUUCAGGGAGAGCCCCGAGGAGCCCUGGAGCCCGGAGAUCGUGGCCAGCCGUACGCCUGGGCUGCAAGUCGCGCCGCGGGAGAACACCAACAGCUCCGUGCGCUCCAAUGGCCGGGGCCCGCUUGCCUCGGAGUGCCGGCAGACUCGGACCAACUCCUUCUCGGCACCCUCUCCCGCAGAGCUGCAGGUGGGCCAGGAAACCCCCAGCUCCAAGCAACGUUCGGCGGCGACUCUGGAGGAGCUAAGACUCGAAGAGAUCUUCAGCCGCUUUGACAAGGACCGCAGCGGGUUCCUGGACCUCGCGGAGCUGCGGCAGCUCUGCGCGGAGAUGGGGCACCCCUUGAGCGACGAGCAGGCGGCGCUGGCCAUGAGCGCCCUGGAUCGGAACACCUCGGGGAACUGCAGCUACGACGAGUUCAAGACCUGGUGGUUCUCGACCCCCUCGGACUCCCAGUUCUCCAUGCCAGCCUUGGACUUUUUGAAGUUCAGUUCCGAUGGCUUCUCAAGCAUUGGCCUCGCUUGGCCACGGGUGGUUGACGAGGUGCGGCUGAAGGAGGUCUUCAAGAACUUCGACCGGGACCGGAGCGGCUUCAUCGACCUGAAAGAGCUGCAGCUGGUCUCUGAGGAGCUAGGCAUGACCUUGAGCGUCCAGGAGGUUGAAGACGCCAUGCGAGAGCUGAGCAAGAACAAAGGCGACACCUGCAGCUUCGAGGACUUUCGAAGUUGGUGGAUGGAGCACAACUCCCAAGAAUACGGUGUGCUGGGAAGGACACUCAUGAAAGCAGGCUUACCCUUCGGCCUUCCUUGGAAAAGCUGAGAGCAGUUUAAUCUUUCCGUAACUUCACUUAAAGGGACGCGGUACUUAGCAAAUGGGCA